GUGCAUUCACAGUAUUUCUGUGUGACUGGGUUUUCUGUUUGGAUCCUUGGUUGUAGGUCAAAGAAGAAAGAAUAGCUGAACUGGAAACAGAAAAUGCUAUUCUGCACCUGAAAUUGGCAGAGGAAAGGAUGAACAGGAGCAGGUGUGAGGCCUGGCACCAUGCUCUGCUCAGAACAAGGCAGUGUCAACAGGGAAGUACCCAUGCCGCCUUCCUCCAGCCCGCUGCCUGACGAGGGCAGAAGUGACCUCAGCACUGCCAAAAUCGCCAUGCGUGCACGGAAUGCUGGCGGGUUCAGCUCCCCUGCCCAGUAAAGAAAGCCUACAGCAUGAUUAGCAUCUGAGCGGAGAUGAGAUAUGAGUAGCUUUUGGCCAGUAGACAAAUGACUUGAGAUGGCAGCAGUGGAGACUUAGCCUCACAAGUCACAGUUGUUAUUUUUAUGUGUGGGUCUUUUACCUGCAAGUCUGUGUAUGACCAUAUGUGUGCCGUUGCCCUUGGGGAAAAGAGGGCAUCCAGUCUCCUGAGAUUGUGGUUACAGUUAUGUGAGUGCUGGGAACCUGAACCCCGAGUGCUCUUUAACUGCUGAGCUAUCUCUCCAGCCCCCACAGUGGUUAUUUUAAAGUUUAGUGCUAGAAAGUGUUUGUAAUAACGUAAGUAUCCCAUGCCCCAGCACUGUGUAUGAGCUGCCCUUAGACUGUCAGUGGCUUCUGAGGGAAAAGCCAGGAAAGCAGCUAUCUCACUUAGAAUAUUUGGCAAGUCUCAAUGUGAGAUUGUGGUAGAUAUUUUUAUACCAUUGAUUAAAAACAUUGUUCUACCUUAUGUUAAAAACAAUGUGACCAGGAUGGGAAACAGGAAAAAAAAAAUCCAUCUGCAAACAGGAUUAACCUGCCAUGGUCAGAUGUGAAGGUUUAAGCGGUGUGUGUUCAGAAGGGAUUCAGAUAGCACUCGCAGAUUCUCCCCCACCUUAGUAAAGCCAGCCUAUCUUUGAAUAAGCUCACAGCUGUCUGCUUUAUGUGAUAAAGCGCCUUGAUACAGCUUAGCUUUGCCAUUUUUCCUUCUGAUCGUGAAGCAAACUCCAUUAUUCCUAACUAAAGAGAAAAAGCAUAUGGUUAAGCUCACGUAGCAUGCUAUCAUGUGUCAUUGAGAGUGACUGCUAAGCCAUACCACGUCCUUCCAUGUGUUCAUCGUCUAAUCGUCACGCUGAAGACCUUGGGGUCACAGCUGGGGUUGGACAGGGCAUGUGUGACAUGACGCACAGGAUAUUAGCUGCAUUGUUCCCCAAGUUCCCUGAAAGCUCGGAUGCAGGCUGUUCCUGGAACUCUAUCACGCACACAGAUACUGCGAUUGCUUCCUACUGGCCUGAGUUCAUGGUAAUGAGACCUCCAGAAGUUGGUUUGGACAGCCCAUCAGAGCUUUGUUCUUGUUUCACACAGCCCCAGUGCUCCACCAAAAUGAUGAGGUUGUUAAAUGGGUCAGAUGUCCAUGAUGGCACCAUGAGCUGUAUUACAGACACUGGUCAUAUAACUUGGAAGCUUCAACAAGAUGUCAAGGAGUUUCGGAAUUCUUUCCUGGUGCUCUUACAAAGCUGUCAGGAGGAGUACCAGAGCUGCCUGUCUGACGUAGCGGCUGUUGUGCAGAGGGCAGAGCUGAGCAGCGAGGCUCUUCGAGCUUCUCAGUCAGAGGCUACACACCUACAGCAGUGCUUGCAGAAACUGGAGUCACGCUACCACUUGGAGCAGCAGAGGAGGAGGACCCUCCAUAACAGCCUGGUGGAGCUGAAAGGAAACAUCCGAGUCCACUGUCGCAUUCGCCCCUUUGUGUCGGUUGAUGAGGAGCUGGUCGGUCCGACUUCCCAGAACUGCCCCACCCCUGGAGAAGUGGUCCACGCUGUUGAUGACGAAACAGUCCUGGUGAGGUGUGCGCUUCCCCACCGCCCUCCUGCUGAGAAGACCUACACCUUUGAAAGAGUAUACGGCCCCGCAGAACCUCAGGCAGCGGUGUUUGGAGAUGUGCGCCCCCUCCUCAUAUCCCUUCUGGAUGGGUAUAAUGUAUGCAUUAUGGCAUAUGGACAGACUGGAAGUGGGAAAAGCUACACCAUGUUGGGGCCCCACUCUGAGGAUGACUCUGCACUGCUAUCGGGUGCUCGUGACGACUUGGGGAUCAUCCCCAGAGCAGCUGAGGAACUCUUCAGGCUCAUGUCAGAAAACCCUUCAAGAAGCCCAAAGGUUGAUGUUUCCAUAGUAGAAAUUUAUAACAACAACAUUUUUGACCUUCUGGCCAAAGACGGUUCUACAGUGAUGUCUGGGGCUAAGUGCCAGGCAGUGACAACUCAGGAGGGACGUUCAGAGGGACCCAAGCUGACCUGCAGGUCUGUCACCAGUGCCAUGGAGUUUGUGGGGCUCAUCCACAGAGGCGUGAAACUCAGAGUGCAGCACCCCACCCUGGUACACCAGAACUCUUCCCGAUCUCAUCUGGUUGUCACGGCAACGCUGACCACGGCUUCCUCCUUGGGCAGCACUGGUAAGCUGCCACUUGUGCCAGCCCCACAGUCCAGCCAGGCUUCCCUCCAGAAGAAAGCAGGGGCAGGGAACUGGUGGACUGCCCAUCCCUGGGCUUCAUCUCCACGCACCGUUCCAGUGGACUCUGCAGACCCAUCUGAGCAGGUGCUGGCUAAGCUGCAGCUUGUGGACUUGGCCGGCAGUGAGUGUGCAGCAGUGUCUGGGGUGACUGGUUUGGCACUGAAGGAGACCUCCUUCAUCAACCGGAGCCUGGCUGCCCUUGCAGAUGUGCUUGGAGCCCUGUCAGAGCACUGCGACCACAUCCCAUAUCGGAACAGCAAGCUCACGCACCUGCUCCAAGAUUCCAUCGGUUCGUUUUCCUGAGAGGCCCCAAAGUAGAGGGGGCAGAGAGCUAAACCCUCGAGCAAUCCUAGCUUUGCUUUGCCCAAGACACACAACCUUUGGCAAAGUUACGGCUCUGCGAGGCCCCUGCCAUAUUCUGUCCUCAGUGUGUCUUCAGACUUUUAGUCACCAUGGCUGGCACUAUGUGGUAGCUAUGCUGCAGGGUGGCCUGAACAGCGGGCUUUCCUCUUGUCUUUUCAGCCAGACUACAGAGUUCUUCAGGGGGACUGUCACCAUCAAUCUCUUCUUUGUGGCAGGCACAGUCCGUGGCUGGGUCUCUAAGCUACGGAGAGAGGACUCCAGUGAGGGAUGAGUGGCCUUCAGUGGCUUCCAGCCCAGGGCCCUGUGCUGACUUUUACCUCUUGUUUGCUAGGAUAUGAUCCCUGCUCGGAGUGUAGGCAGACUUUCUCCAUGCCC